GUCGUUGUACCGAGUGCACGUGGAAAACGUUGUUCAUGCAAGGGAAAACACGGAAGUUCGUGGAACACAGAGGCGCUAGAUCGUUUUAAAGAUCGAAACGUUCGUGUUCCGAAAUGAGGUACAAACGCAUCGGUGCUAUCGGCGCAUUUUUAAUCGCGACCUUGUGCCUGUUAUCAGGGCUGAUGUAUUAUUUUAAUCAAGAUACUUGCCCAGUAGGAACGUUCCUUUGUUACAAUACCACAAUUUGUCUACCACAGAGAAAUUGGUGCGACUCACAAAGCCAAUGUCCUCACGGGGAUGACGAACAAAAUUGCUAUGAUUAUCACGGUGUAUUGGACUGGUUUGGCAGUGACAGAGAUUCCGAACCUGUAAGCGAGUUCGUUUGUGAUGCCACCGACAUUCCUGUCGGUUGUAAGUACGUGAAGUGUCGCGCCACUUGUCACGACUACUCGGAAAUUCCGAGAAACCUAUCUUCUCAAACUACUUCCAUAACUCUGUAUGAUAGCUCGAUUAAACGCGUGCCAAUGGGCGCCUUUGCGCAAUACUCAGAAAUCCGUAUACUAUAUCUUGAUGGUAGUAAUAUACACGAGCUAGAAAAAGGAGCUUUUCUUAAUUUGACUAAGUUGUUUUGGCUAGCUUUGGAUAACAAUCAAAUUAGCGAAUUUCUGCCUGGACAUUUUGCUGGUUUAACCAACUUGGAAUCUUUGAGGGCCAAUAAGAACAGAAUCACUGUCGCAGAUUUUUCAGACUUAGAAGGGAGCAUUGCUUUAAACUUCAUAAAUUUGAAUGAAAAUCAAUUAACUUCGAAAGGACUGAAGUUGCCAGAAUUGCCGGUAUUAAGCGAGAUAUUGUUAGAUGAAAAUAAUUUUGAAUCAAUACCCGAUACUUUGUUCGCUGGAUGUCCAUCAUUAAAAUUACUGAGUAUGCAAAAGAACAAAAUAAAGACAAUCGAAGAGGACACGUUCCGAAAUUUGGAGCAGCUAGUCGAACUUAAUUUGGCGUUCAACGAAAUAACGACCGUCCCGCUGAAUGUAUUCCAACCGUUAAAAAAUCUGACGAGGUUACAAUUAGGUUACAAUCGCUUUUAUAAUUUACCGAUGGCCGUGUUGAGUCCAUUGACAAGACUGGACUCUCUAGAUCUGGAAGGUAUAAAUUUGGAUGCAUUACCAAAAAACGCGUUCACACUGUUCAAGCAAUUGGACUUCGUCUACUUCAAGAAAUUUCAUUAUUGUGCGACUUACGCGCCGAAAGCAAAACGAUGUCGACCCGCUAGUGACGGAGUAUCGUCGUUAUCCCAUUUGCUCGAUAAAACUUUAUUACGAGCAGCAGUAUGGGUAAUUUCGUGUGUAACUUGUACGAGUAACGUGCUUGUUCUUUGGGGGAGAUUCACAGCCAAGGAUGAGAAUCGCGUAUUAACCAUUAUUAUCCGAAAUCUAGCAGUUUCCGACAUGUUGAUGGGGCUAUAUCUAUUCAUAAUCGCUAUAGCAGACAUAACAUUCCGCGAUAAUUACAAUCAAGUCGCCAGUUCAUGGAUGUCUUCGUGGUAUUGUACCUUUGUAGGACUAUUGGCAAUGACAUCUUUGGAGGUUUCAGUAUUGAUCCUGUCGUUCAUGUCUCUGGAACGAUAUAUGCUAAUAGCAGCUCCACUGAAAGGUCACCGUACCAUGACACCGCAUACGGCAACUGCAUCGAUGAUCAUCAUUUGGAUCACAGGAAUUACCCUUGCUCUCGUGCCAGUGAUUCUGUGGCGAAGCAGCACGAGAUUUUACGGCGUAAAUGGAAUGUGUUUCCCCUUGCACAUUGACGAUCCGUACUUAAUUGGAUGGGAAUAUUCGGCCUUCGUCUUCUUGGGAUUAAACCUUAUGGGGCUGCUUACGAUUGGUUACGCUUACACGGGUAUGUUUCUGAGCAUUUGGAAAACGAGACACGCCUGUUCUUUGUCUGUUGGCGAUUCCGAAUUCGCCUUACGAUUUUUUCUUAUCGUUCUAACGGAUGCAGCCUGCUGGGCACCAAUUAUCGUUUUGAAGAUUAGAGCUAUGAUGAAGUAUCCUAUUUCAGCUGAUUUUCACGCAUGGGUAGUAGUCUUUGUAUUACCCGUGAACAGUGCAGUCAAUCCGUUAUUAUAUACAUUUACCACUCCUAAAUAUCGAGAAAGACUAAAUGAUGGAUGGUUUGGAAAAGUGCGUAACUAUAUGACACGAAAAUCUUCCGAAGAUACGUCUACAGCAAUGAGCAACAAAGAUAAAAUGUUGUCUUUAUCAGAUGGGAAAGAGUAUGACAAAAUUCGAUUUAAUAAGAAGAAAAUGCAGCCUGUUAAACGCAAUCGUAUGAUAUGAUUUUUGUUAUAUUAUAUGUUUAAUUUGUUGUUACUCAGAAGCUCACAGCAAAGACGAGUAAUAUACUUUCUCGCGUACUAAAAAUUAGUUGAAGGUUUUAAGUUAUGGAUCAAUAGGUUGAAUGCAAUAUUUGAAUGUUAUUUGCUGUAGCAGAUAAUUUCUACAAACAAAUAAGUACUCUGUUGUUAAAGAUUUAACAUAAGUAAACAAUUUUAUGUAUAGCUGUUGUAUAUUUAUACAACAAACUGUUACGUAUAAAAUAAAACAUGAUUUUCUGUAAAUUGUUCGGAUGAUGGAAUAUGCAUGAAAAUGUUAUAUCGUUAAAAUAUUAGAAUACAAAAACAAAUUUCGGAAAAAAGACUAAAUGAGAGAAAGACAGAUCACUGUUAGAUCUAAUGCGGCAAAAUCUAUUCUAAUGAUGUAACGUAUAUGAGCAUUCCGUUGAGCAGUUGAUGCAAAUCAAGAGAAGAAUACGUAAUUCAGUCGAUAGCUGACCAAUCUGAGCUCUAAUCUAAACUGUUAAUCUGUAAACUGAUUCAAGCCACUAAAUUUCCAAUCAAAAAUCCCCAAAUCACAUAAUUUCCAACCGAUAACUUUCAAAUCUUUAAAUUUUUAGUAAAAAAAUUUGCAAAUUACUAAAUAUUAGAUCAAUAAUUUUAAAAUUGCUAAAUUUCUAAAACUCAAGAAUUCAAACAACCAAUUGAAAAUUCAGGCAGCUGACAUCAGAACUAUCGGGGAGAUAAUUCACGGUGACGGAUUUUUACGAUUGGUUCGCGACGGCACGGCGCGGGCAGUACGUUGAUUCGCACGCGAUUUCACGCUAUCGCCGUUUGGCCAGAAUUCGCCUGGUGAAUUUACGACGCGAAAAGCUUUGUUCAUGCAACUCACUUCGACUGCACUCCUUUCUACGUAGAAACCGCGAUUCGUUCUCUAAAUCGUACAUAAAUUACUCGUAACGAAGAGCAUGGGACGCGUUCCGAAAAAUGUAUUGCAUCCAUUCUGAUCUAUCGGCAAAUCGUGUAUUACGAUGAUACACCGUUAUCGAGGAACCCGUCGAGGGGUCAAGUCGAAGCCAUCGUAUCGAUUUUCUUAUUGUGCAACCGAGAGAACAGAAUAACCGACACGCUUUUUGUCAAGUCGCGGCUGGACAUCGUGUGCCGCUUAUUUCGGCGCUCAAUGAACGUAAAUAACCACCGUCGUAUUUUACCGGCGGCACUGGAUUGCCUAAUUAAGUCAGCGGACAGCGCGUUAAGAGAGUCGACUGAGAGAAUCCAGCGGUAUGAUGGCGUAAACGUUUCUUCGUAUAAAAUAUAUCGAAUUUUCAAACACUUUGUAGUAUGUUCAUGGACAAUGCUAGUAGUCGGGAGUUGGAAAAUUAUCUCUUCGAAAGAUAAAAGUUAUAAUACGAAUUAGAGUUUCUUGCUUCCUUUUUUGUGAGAGAAAAAUAAAAGACACUUUACUUAUAUACUCUUUAUCUUUCUUUAUCUUUUAAUAUAAUUCAGAGACGCAAUCCAUUAUCUCGAUGAUAUGUACGUGGAAGACAAAUUUAAUGUUAUAUAUUGUUCAACAGCUUGCAACGAUCAUGCUUGCAUAUUUACCAUACAAAUUGAAGAUCAUCAAUCAACGAAGCGUCAACGAAGUAAACAUAUAUACAUAUACAUACUUACAUAAGCACUUCAUUCUAUCGUCUCGUAAUUAUCCUCGUAAACAUUAACCACAACUUUUUUGAAGUGCAAGGAAGUUAAUUUCACGGUGUCAUAAAAUGGCACCGACUAUCGGUUUUACUGGACGUCUUUCGUUACUUUGUAAUUAGUUACAGUCGUCUUCUAUUACUCUUCCAAUUCGACAUGCCCACGCUUUUCCUUGUCGUACAGGAUUAGUUUCUAUAGAAACAUGUUGGUACCCCUUAUUAAUUCACUCAAGAAUUAAAUAGCGUAGUCUCAAUAGGUAAUUUAAUCAAUUAACUGCUGUCACCCACCAUAAAAUGCAGUCGAUUAGUUUUGUGGAAGUUUGUAGCUCGUCCUUGGUAUCCUUGAAAUAUAAUUUGAUAAUUAAACUUCAUUUUGAUCGCAAAAAUUCCUUCAAAAUUCAUGAACUGUGUAUUAAAGUCACGAGAGAUAUAUCGCGCGGACAAUUAAAAAUUGACAACUUCGAAGACUUUAUAACGUAGUAAAACAAAUUGGCAUGUCUCUCGAAAAUUGCUACCUUGACGAUAUACAUAAUUGAGUUUUCACGAUUAAUAAGCGGAUGCGACGUCAGAUACACACGAAACCAGAUGGAGACGUGUGUAAACAGAAAAAUCACUGAAAUAUCACGGCGCAAAUUAAAACGGCAAUUCCAUAUUAUAAUUAAAUGUUUUUAUGCGAGCGGGAAUCGAUAUUCAACUGCGUUACAGCGGAACAUAAAUUAUUAUACAGGCCAAAAAAAGACGCAUCGUUGCACUCUACGAUUCGCCGCCACGUGGGCCGCCUCUUACACGAUAUAAUGUAUAAUUUAUGAUAGAUGGCCAAUGGGAGGAUCCCGUUAAGGGGCCUCGAUACUUCCUGCAAGACAGUUCGCCUUUUCGGACUGAUUUUUCUUCCGUCUUGCGACAACAACGCGUUUUUUUAGAGAAGUUCCAUUGACCAUUUGUAAUUCUAUUACCUAUUUGUCUCUAAUUCUACAUUCAAUUCCUUAAAGGAAUUCAAAGAAUUGAAUCAAACUUUAAUGUUGAUAUGAAUUUAUUUAAUUGAUAUUUCUUUAACUAAAAAAAUUGUUAAAAUCUAUAGUUACCUCUAAGACUUUUUAAAUAUCUUAAAUAAAUUUUAGAUUAAAAAAGAUCAUUUGUACGUUCGUGCAAUCAUAUAAUAUUCAUAUGAAAUUGUUUAUAUUACGAGUAUAAAAAUUUUCAAAACUUUAUGUAUUUAGAAAACUACAAAUUGAGAAAAUGAUAUUAGAAAAAAAUACUGCUUCCACGCUUUAUUCAAUAAGUUGUGAUAAGUAGGAAAUAAAAAUAGUCAAAUCGUACAUUUAUAAAAUCAAAAAGAAUAGAGUUACGGAAUAUAACUGCGUACUCACUUCUUUCAUCAAACAUUGAAGCACGUCUUUCAUUUGAAGUUGAAAAGAAACUUCUGGCAAGGAAGAUGUUGUGUUGCAUCACGCGAGAAGUUUCAGGCUGUCGAUUAAUCAAUAUAAGUUCGUUACACUGCGUGCAAAAUCUUCGUUGCAUUUUAAAAUCACGUAUAAGCAUGCAGGUGAGCGUGCAAUGCGUCGUCCUUGAUCCACAGUAGGUGGGUAUGUCGGUGGGCAUGUAGCUGGGAAAAUAAAGGAAUCAUGUGCAUGGAUCGCGUUGAGAAAUAGCAACGAAGUGUACAGUAUAUCCGAGUCUGUGAGAUGAUUCAAUGAUUCCAUUUGGAACAUCGAGAGAAAUCGUUAACCCGCGAAAAAAGUAAGUUACGCGACUAGAUCUCUCUAGUGCCUCUCGUUCUGUUCUCCUAUUUCGUAUCGUUUAAAUCGCAUAGAAAAUGGGGUAAAUCUUUUGGCUAUGAAUUAUUUUUAAACUGUAAUCAUUUUAAUUCGACAAGUCUAUACAAUUUAUCUCGGAAAGAUUUUUGCAUUAUCCAGAGAACUUGGAGAGUUUAGUUUAAAAAUAAUUUCUAUAAGUAAUUUUUAACGAUAUAAUUUUUAGAGAUAAAAUACUUCUGAAGCUUAAAAGUUAUAAAAGAGGCGUUUGUAGAUUUUCAUGACAUUUAGAUAUUAAUCUUCUUACUUCUUCGACAAUUUGAAAUUACUACGAAAAUGCAACAUAUAAUAAACAUAGUAAACAUUGUCUUUUUACUAUAUCUUAUAAUUUUCUCUGAUAGAAAGAUCUAAAUAUUAUAUCAAGCACUAUCAACAAGAUAUUCUUUCCGUGAUACUAUAUCUACAAGACAUAGUAUCAUAAAAAGAGCAUAGAAUCAGUCAUAAACAUUAUAUGCAUGUCGAUAAUUAACAGAAAGUAAGUCGCUCCUUCAACAUGUAUUUAUAUCUCAUAUCCUUCAUAAUUACUAGUAAUUAUACCUUUAAAAUCGUUUACGUUUUAGUCUUCAUUACAUUGAUCCUGCCGUACAGCUUUCAAUCAAUACGUUUAAUUAAUUAAUCUAUAAAGCCACUGUCCCAAAAAAAGGAACAGAUUGAUCUUUGACGAUCAUCUCGCCCUCUCUUUCCUUCCUUAUGCCAGUCUACGAGCCAACUCAUCGUUUAACGGUGACGCUAAUCAUUCAUGCAAGAUUCUUGAGAGAUAAAAGACGAAGGAAGGAGAAAAAGAAAAUAUGGUAAGCAACUGGCACGAAUCCAAGAAUGGCGUACACGCUUGAAACAACAACCACGCGGAGAGUAACCCAGGCAGGUUCGAUCGAAUCGUGAUUAAUCUGUGAUCGUUGGUUCGCGAACGAUUCGUACAUUCGUAGGUGGCUUCCUCAGGGUCGAAUCGCAAAACUGUGGUCGUUGAAUACGGAUGAGAUGAUUCAUAGAAACGCGUUUUCGUGCGUGCUGUUUGCUUUUCGAAUCGAUAAUGCCUAGUUGGUGUACACGGAACGCGUGCUAGCUACAUCGGCACGCUCAUUAUCUUGCAAAUUAAUUCCUUUCUAACGCGCAUGGAAAAAUGUCUGUUACUUCUGCGCGGCUUCUCGCGCGAAACCACGAGGAUCGUAAUUGUAAGAGGGACCGUUUUUCCACGGUAUUUUUCGGCCUGCCAAGUGCUAAGCUACACGGCUGGCAUCUGCAUGCAACAACGUUUCCCCGUGGGGUUAAGAAACGUGCCCACGAACUUAGCAAAAUUCAAAUGUAGAUUCGAGUGAAGGUGUACGCGUUAAUAAUUUCACUAGGACUCAGUAGCGCAAUAUGAGAUAGAAGUUGUACGAUGUAAAGGGGAAAAGAAAUUACGAAUUAAAUUUUGUGAAUAAUACUUGGAACGAAUAUACGUUCUCGCUUUUCGGGCGAAUUAAAAAAGUGUGAUUUGUUCUUUGAAAUAUUUUGUUUUUUCUUUUUUCUCUCUAAUACUAGAUGAGUAUAUUAAUGAUAUGAAUUGAAAUUAAAAAAUUCGUUUCUUUUUUUCUUAUAUCGAAUUGAAAGCGUUGGAUUUAUUUUAUUUCUUUAGGACUCCCUUUUCUUUUGAUCGUAAGGACAUAUAUAUAUAUCCCAA